CUUGCAAUAUUCGCUGUACCACUGCGUGCCUGCCUACUUCGACUGCCUCGCUUUUCCGAUACCUAGUCAAGAGUCUCCUUGUUUACUAGGCCCACAGGACCCGUUGCACCGUCUCCGUCCUACCGUGAUCCACCGCAUCCAGCCCACCCAUCCUCCAGCGCAACCGCACACAACCCAGUCUUGCCCGCGCCCGGCUUUGGGUGCGACACAAUACCGCAGACAUGAUGUCCGGCGAAGCAUGGCUGUUCCUCCUCGCCGUCCUCCUCAACGCCGUCAACCUCUUCCUACAAGUCUUCUUCACCAUCAUGUAUAGCGAUCUCGAAUGCGACUACAUCAACCCCAUCGACCUCUGCAACCGCCUCAACAUGUAUAUCAUUCCUGAGGCCGGUCUACACGCCUUCCUCUCCGUCCUCUUCCUCGUAAACGGCUACUGGCUGAGUUUCGUGUUGAACCUGCCCUUGUUGGCAUGGAAUGCGAAAAAGAUCUUCGACAACCAACAUCUCCUUGAUGCGACCGAGAUCUUCCGGAAGCUCAACAUCCAUAAGAGGGAAUCUUUCGUCAAGCUUGGUUUCCACCUGCUCAUGUUUUUCUACUAUCUCUACAGCAUGAUAGUCGCCCUGAUCAAGGACGAGGCUGGGCGAUCAUGA